GAUACACAGAGAGUGAUAGUCUCCCUGAGAGGAAAGCAAAAGUUACAGAGACACUCAUGGCGUCGAGGUUGUGGGCUUCAAGGGCUGCUUCCUAUCUUAGGCUGUCCGUUUGUCACAGAGGCUUUGCUUCUGUUGUCAAGGAUCUGAAAUAUGCUGACACCCAUGAGUGGGUCAAAGUGGAUGGUACUUCUGCUACCAUAGGAAUAACUGAUCAUGCACAGGACCAUUUAGGGGAUGUUGUAUACGUUGAGUUGCCUGAAGUUGGAGCUUCUGUAACACAGGGAAACGGCUUUGGUGCAGUUGAAAGUGUAAAGGCAACCAGUGAUGUUAACUCUCCUGUUUCAGGGAAAGUGGCUGAAGUCAAUGAAGUGCUAAACAGCUCUCCAGGUCUGGUUAAUGCCAGCCCUUAUGAAAAUGGAUGGGUUAUAAAGGUCGAGAUGAGUAAUAUGGGUGAGCUGGAUUCCUUGAUGGACUCCGACAAGUACUCGAAGUUCUGUGAAGAAGAAGAUGCUGCCCAUUGACCGGGUUAGGGCCACAAGUUAUAAAGUAAUCAGCUACCGAAGCGCAAAUUUUUUUUUUUUUUUCUUUCUUUCUUCAUUUACAUAUCUUCUUCAACACAAGUUGUCAUGCUCCUUUUGUUUCUAAUUUGUUGAGUUUGAAUAGUCUUUCUGAGAAUAAAUUUGAUUCGUCUUUAGGCCUGCUUAAUUGCCA